CCGGCUCUUCCUUCCCCUUCCGGCACAAAUCCCGUGACAAUUUGUGGCUUCACAUCGUCCCCCCUCCGAGCAUCGACACCCAGGGGGACACCCCAGACAUUCCCUGUGCUCGUAGCCUGGGAAAAAUCCCAAGCCAAGCUCUCGGGAGCGGGAAAUCCACCCCGAAAUCCAAGGAGCAGCAAGGAAAUUGGAUACAGAUGUGGAAAAAGGAGGGUCCCGUGUCCCCCGUGUCCCCCGUGUCCCCAGUGUCCCCCGGCAGUGUCACCAUGCGCCUGCCCCGCUGCCUCCUGCUCCUGGCCAGCCUCAUCCCGCCAGCCCUCGGCUCCUGGGGGGUCUCCUACCCCGAGUCCCUGCAGGCCAGUGGGGGGUCCUGCCUGGUUGUCCCCUGCACCUUCAGCUACCCCGCGGAUGUGACAACCGCCGACGGCAUCGUGGCCAUCUGGUACAAGGACUACGAUGGCCAGCGGACGCUGGUGUUCCACUCCACCACCCCCCAGGAUGUGGAUCCCCGUUUUGGGGGUCGUGCCCAGCUCCUGGGGGACCUCAUGGCCCGGAAUUGCACUCUGCUGCUGCGGGGGGUGACACCAGGGGACAGUGGCCUCUACAGGUUCCGCUUCGAGAUCAUCAACGGCGACCGCUGGUCGGCGUCGCGGGAUGUGACCCUGAGCGUUUCGGAGGAUCUGGAGAGUCCCAGCGUCACCAGCAGCGAGGAGCAGACCGAGGGACAAAGGUCCACCUUGCAGUGCUCCACGCCCUACGUUUGUCCCGGGGGUGACAUCGUCCUGCGCUGGGAGGGCUACGACCCCCGGGUGUCCGAGGUGUCCGGCCGCGUCCAGCUGGACACCAGCGGGGUCAGCCACCAGGUGAACCUGACCAGCUCCUUCUCCUGGAAGGACCAUUCCAAGAAGCUGCUCUGCGAGGUUUCCGACGGAUCCAAGAGGGCGAGCACGGAGGUGGUGCUGCGGGUCAGGCACACCCCCAAGGACACCCGGGUGUCGCUGAGCCCAUCCUCAGGGAACAUCGGCGUGGGUGACACGGUGACGCUGAGCUGCGAGGUUGGCAGCAGCCACCCGCCGGUCUCGGGGUACCACUGGUACAAGGACGGGGUGGCCGUGGGCACCGAGCGGGUGCUGGCCCUGCGGGGCGUGCACCGCCAGGACCACGGGCAGUACCGCUGCGAGGCCCAGAACGUCCUCGGCACCGGGGUGUCACCUGAUGUCACCCUCCGCGUGUUCUCCGCAGAGAUCUCGGCCAGCCCUGCGGCCGAGGUGCUGGAGGGGACGGCCACCACCUUGUCCUGCGAUGUCCCCGGGCGGGAGGGACAUCCCGAGGAGCUGACCUACACCUGGUACAAGAACAGCGCGUGGCUCAAGGAGGGCCCGGCCCACACCCUCCUCUUCCCCGCGGUGACCACCAGCGACGCCGGCUACUACUCCUGCCAAGUGACCAACAGCCAGGGCAGUGACACGGCCCAGGCCAUCAGCCUCAGCGUGACGUAUCCACCCCGAAUUCCCACCCUCACGCUCUUCCAGGAGACCCAGGGUGGCCGGCUGGUCAUCAUCCGCUGCACUGUGGACAGCCACCCUCCGGCCACCCUGGCCAUCGACCGCGACGGCACCGUGCUGGCCACCAGCGGGGCGCAGGUGGCCCUGCGCCAACGGCUCGGUGUCACCGCCUCCCGCAAUUCCCUGCGGCUGGAAAUCCGGGAUGCGGGGCCCCGGGAUAGCGGGAAGUACGGCUGCACCGCCAGCAACGUCCACGGCAACGCCAGUGCCACCAAAGUCCUCGUGACCCGCGCUGCAGGGCUCCUGAUCCAGCCCUCGGCAGAGGUGGCGGAGGGGACCGCGGUCACCCUGACCUGCGUGGGGACAGGGGACACGGCCGAGAAGCCGCUCUACACCUGGUACAGGAACGGCCGGAGGCUCCAGGACACCUCAUUCCCCACCCUGGAAUUCCCGUCUGUCCGCGGAGACGACGCCGGCGCCUUCCAGUGCCAGGUCAGGAGCAGGAACGGCAGUGACACGUCGGAGGCUGUUCCGCUCCGAGUGUUCUACCCCCCGAGGCAGCCGGUGCUGAGCUCGUUCCUGCAGAGCCAGGGCGGCCGCCUGGGAAUCAUCCAGUGCUCCGUGGGGGAGCGAUCCCGAGUCCAACCUCACCCUCUGGAGAGGCGACGAUGUCAUCGCCUGCAGCCAGGGCUGUCCCCAAGCCACCACCCCAGGGUCCACGUCACCAGGUCCUACAACAGCCUGAAGGUGGAAAUCCGGGAUGUGGUAGUGGAGGAUGAGGGGAUUUACGUGUGCCAGGCUGGGAAUUCCCAAGGAAACGCCAGCGCCACUGUGGAUUUCAAGGCCGACAACCCCGUUUGCUCCUGCCCACAGCUGCCAAUGUCACCGUGUCCCCAUCCCCCCCGCGUGCUGGAGGGUGACAAUGCCACCCUCACCUGUCACCUGAGCAGCGGCUCCACAGCUGUCCCAAACGUCACCUGGUACCACAACGGGCAGCAGGUCACCGGGGGCUCGGCCACCUCGCUGCUGCUGUGGCCAGUGGCCAGCAGGGACACCGGGCUCUACCGGUGCCAGGCCAGCACCGCAGGCAGCAGCCGGAGCUCUCCUGACAUCCUCCUGGAUGUGCUGUACCCUCCCCGGGACCUUUUCCUGACGGCUUUCCUGGAGGCCGAGCAGGGCUCCUUGGCCAUCUUCCAGUGCUCCGUGGCCAGCAACCCCCCGGCCCAGCUGGCCCUGUUCCGGGACCAGGAGCCGGUGGCCACCAGCGCUGGCGGGAGCAGCCCGCGGGUCACCGUCUCCGCUGUCCCCAACUCGCUGCGGGUGGAGAUCCGGGAGGUGACACCGGCAGACGAUGGCAGCUACCGGUGCACGGCCACCAACGCGCACGGCUCCGCGGAGCGCCGGGUGAACCUGCGCGUGCAAGGUGGGGAGAGCGGGUUUGGGGGAUCGCAGCGGCUCAUCCCGUCGGAAUGACCGUGUGUCUGUGCUCCCAGUGCCACCAGACCCCACCCAGUGCCACCAGACCCCACCC